AUUCAUUCUAGCAGGACGUGAGUUUUGGAUCGCCCUGUAUAUUACCAUGACUACGUGGCAACGUCGAUCGUAACAAAAUCAAGCAGCCUCUCGAUCCAACUCGAUCCAACGUUGCUCCACAUUCACGCAGCGCCAACGUCGUCCAAUAUAUCUCACUCAAAUCAGUAAAAAUAUGAAAGUAGCUCGUACGUCCGAUUACUCGUAGAAAUCUACUACUACGAUGCACCUUUCGCAACACCAUGACCCGGCCAUACCAGCGAAACUGCGCCAACGUUUUCGUCCUAUCGAUACUCCUCCAAUUGUUCGUUCCUCGCUGCUGUCCGGAGUUUGUCAAAAACACACCCAGCAACGCGGUGGCGAACGGUCACGUGAUCGAGAACCGAAACGGCAAGCUGGAUCCGUCGAUCGAGCGAAUCUUUCGAGGAUCCAGCGAACAGAGAGACGACGUAACUAAUUUCAAACGCAACGUCCGGAGUGAAAAGCACGAAGACGGUGACAAACGGGUAAGGAUGAAACGCGACAGUGCGGUCAAAAGACGAUCCAGCAAUCCGAGAAGCUCGAACCAACGAGAAGAAGCUACGAGGAACGAGAAACGCUCGGUUUCUGACAGAGAUGAAGGCAAAAGCCACUCUUCAAGAAUCGGUCGCUCCUCCAAGGAUCUUCCGAAGCUGCCAGACAAAGAUUACGGGGUCUCUGUUGAUCGGGAGAAAUCAGAGUACACGGACGAAGCUGAGGACGAUUCCUCUUCGAGGAACAAAAAGACCAGAUACAAGGGCAACGAUCUCCGCGCGAGCGAGGAUUCCGCGGCAUUCAUCGACGAGGAGGAAAGAUCGAACCUGUACGACGACCUCGAGUCGAAGGACGUAGUGAAGAGAGGAAUCUCCGGUGCUGAAGACUACGAAGAGGUGGAGGACGACGCUGCCGGAGCUGCGGAAGACACCGCAGCUCUGGAAGGAAAUUCGUUGAGCCAGGAGGAAGAAACUCAAAGGAGAAAGGUGCACGGUGAUGUUCGAGUGAAGAGAGAACACGAGAAUUCGAAGGGAGAGUCAGAGGAAAAAUCGGAAGAUCCCGGGGCCUCUGGCGACUCGUCCAGCGAUCGAAAAAGAUCCGACAACGGCAACAAAGCAGCCGAGGCAUCAGGCAAGGAUUCUAACGAUCAGUCGAAGAAGAGAGACGCCGUCGAGAAGAGCGAGAACUGCUCGAGGCAGCAGUUCGAUUCGAAACCGAUUGGCGAGACUGUGAAAAUUCAGGGCCCGCGUUCAGAGAUCGUAACGGACGUGAGAACGCAGGAAACCGAUUUAUCCGGCAAAGCGCUCAACGAUUUGAUGCUCGAUCCCUCGACGAUUCUCGAGGGAAUCCCCAGGAAGUCGAAAGUUGUCGAAGCGGAGAACUCGAGGAACGCGGACGAGGACUAUCAGAAACGAGUGGAAGAGCAGAUUCAGCGGAAGAUCGACUCGAUCAAGGAGCAGAUCAAACGUGAGAUCGAGGAGAGCCAGCGUCUAAGAGAGAUCGAGGAGAAUAACGCGAGGUUCGACGAGUUGCGCGAAUUGGAGAAGGAAGACGACGAGCAUGAGGCGUCGCUGGUUGGCCAGGACGCGUCCAAGAGUGCCGACAAGUCGCAGGCUCGCGACAACGCCGCGAAGCGAUCGACAAAAAGGAGCAAGAGGCACGACAACACGGUUCGAGAGUCGGAAAUCUCGACCUCGAUGAGGAAACGAUCGACGACGAAGUCGGAGUCGCGAGCAGCAGACGAGGUACCGAGGAAACGCGCGCGACAGGCGUUUCUGGUGACGACCGAUAGGAAGAAGAAGAGGAGACGAAGAAGAUCGAGGAACUCCGAAGGAAGGAAGUUGGAAGACAGUCUGCCAGCUGAUCUUUCGUUGGAUUCGAAGCUGAGCGAGGCACUCGGCGCUGAUAAGUCGGGCGAGGACGAAAAAGCGGUGCUGGGACCACUGGCGACAGAGUACGGGGAAGCUUUCGGCGGUUUGAACGGAGAUCCUGGAAUGGAGUUGGCUAGGUUCAAGAGAAUCAAGCGAGUCCUUCGAUCUCCGACCUCGAGGACCUAGAUGUUUGAUUAAAAGAUGACGUGAAAUUCCGUGUCGGUUAUCUCUCGUCGAUAUUGGCCCAUAGUAAACAAUAUCAGAAGCAAUAUCAGUAAGCGACCGAUUGCUAGAUUAAUUAGCUAUAGGCUCACACGUAUGUAUGCACGUAGAAUACAGUUAAAUAUUUGGUAUUUAAAAGGAGAAAUUUAAUAAGAGGAGCAAUUAUUAAUCGUUGGUAGAAAAAUAUCGUUGGUUUUCGUAAUCGGCGACGUGAUUCCUUUCGGUCUC